AUGGGCAGUAAUAGCGGGGUUGCAACAUACAACUACUGCAAUGUUACCGUCAGCUACACUCACACCGGCAAAAACGAUACCAUUGCCCUCAAGUAUGCUUUCCCUAAGCCGUCCACCUUCAAGAACCGUUUCUACCUAAAUGGUGGAGGCGGCUUUUCCCUAUCCUCCGACGCUACUGGCGGCCUCAGUAACGGUGCUGCGUCGGGUGCUACGGCAGCUGGAUACGAUGCUUUCGACUACAGCUUCGACGAGAAAGUUCUCUACAGCAAUGGAUCCAUCAACUGGGAUGCGACCCAUGCGUUCGCAUACGUUGCGCUCGGAGAACUGACUAAGAUCGGUAAGCCUAUUACAAAGGCUUUCUACGGUCUUAAUGACACUAAGAUCUACACCUGCUUUGAGGGUUGCUCUGAUGGAGGGCGUGAAGGCAUGUCUCAGGUGCAACGCUGGGGCGAGGAAUAUGAUGGUGCUAUUACCGGUGCUCCCGCCUUCCGCUUUGCUCAACAACAGGUACACCACGUCUACCCUGCUACCAUUGAGCAGACUAUGGGCUACUUUCCUCCUCCAUGCGCUCUUGACAAGAUCGUAAACGCUACUAUUGAUGCCUGCGAUGCUCUCGAUGGCCGCACUGACGGUGUCACCUCUCGCACCGACCUUUGCCAGCUCAACUUCAACCUGAGCUCCCUCAUUGGCAAAUCCUACUAUUGCGCUGCUGAUUCCAGUACCUCGCUCGGAUUUGGCUUCAGCAAGCGUUAA